AUGAAUUCGUGCUGGUCCCCUCUGCUCACCCGCCUUUGCCCAGCCCUGCAGCGCACGGUCCUGUGGCUCUGGAACCAAACCUGUCUGCAGCAUCCCCUCAUCCCCGCAUCCCCGCAUCCCAGCAUCCCCUCAUCCCCUCAUCCCAGCAUCCCCUCAUCCCCGCAUCCCCACAUCCACGCAUCCCCAUAUCCCAGUAUCCCCGCAUCCUCUCAUCCCAGCAUCCCCACAUCCCCUCAUCCCAGCAUCCCCUCAUCCCCGCAUGCCCUCAUCCCAGCAUCCCCGCAUCCCCGCAUCCCCUCAUCCCAGCAUCCCCUCAUCCCAGCAUCCCCUCAUCCCCGCAUCCCCGCAUCCCCUCAUCCCAGCAUCCCCGCAUCCCCGCAUCCCCGCAUCCCCUCAUCCCCGCAUCCCCGCAUCCCCGCAUCCCUUCAUCCCAGCAUCCCCGCAUCCCGGCAUCCCCUCAUCCCAGCAUCCCCUCAUCCCCGCAUCCCCGCAUCCCCGCAUCCCCGCAUCCCCUCAUCCCAGCAUCCCCGCAUCCCCGCAUCCCCUCAUCCCAGCAUCCCCUCAUCCCCGCAUCCCCGCAUCCCCUCAUCCCAGCAUCCCCGCAUCCCCUCAUCCCAGCAUCCCCGCAUCCCCGCAUCCCCUCAUCCCAGCAUCCCCGCAUCCCCGCAUCCCCGCAUCCCCUCAUCCCCGCAUCCCCGCAUCCCCUCAUCCCAGCAUCCCCGCAUCCCGGCAUCCCCUCAUCCCGGCAUCCCCACAUCCCCUCAUCCCCGCAUCCCCUCAUCCCAGCAUCCCCUCAUCCCCACAUCCCCGCAUCCCCUCAUCCCAGCAUCCCCGCAUCCCCGCAUCCCCGCAUCCCAGCAUCCCCGCAUCCCCGCAUCCCCUCAUCCCAGCAUCCCCGCAUCCCCACAUCCCCUCAUCCCAGCAUCCCCGCAUCCCCGCAUCCCCGCAUCCCAGCAUCCCCGCAUCCCCGCAUCCCCUCAGCCCAGCAUCCCCGCAUCCCCGCAUCCCGGCAACCCCGCAUCCCCUCAUCCCCUCAUCCCAGCAUCCCCUCAUCCCCUCAUCCCAGCAUCCCCUCAUCCCAGCAUCCCCGCAUCCCCUCAUCCCAGCAUCCCCGCAUCCCCGCAUCCCCUCAUCCCAGCAUCCCCGCAUCCCCGCAUCCCCUCAUCCCAGCAUCCCCGCAUCCUCUCAUCCCAGCAUCCCCACAUCCCCGCAUCCCCACAUCACCGUAUCCCAGCAUCCCCGCAUCCCCGCAUCCCCUCAUCCCAGCAUCCCCGCAUCCCCGCAUCCCCAUAUCCCAGCAUCCCCACAUCCCCUCAUCCCAGCAUCCCCGCAUCCCGGCAUCCCCGCAUCCCCACAUCCCCUCAUCCCAGCAUCCCCGCAUUCCCGCAUCCCCGUAUCCCGGCAUCCCCGCAUCCCCGCAUCCCCACAUCCCCUCAUCCCAGCAUCCCCGCAUCCCCUCAUCCCAGCAUCCCCUCAUCCCAGCAUCCCCUCAUCCCCUCAUCCCAGCAUCCCCUCAUCCCCUCAUCCCAGCAUCCCCACAUCCCAGCAUCCCCCAUCCCCACAUCCCCGCAUCCCCGCAUCCCCGCAUCCCAGCAUCCCCGCAUCCCCGCAUCCCCUCAUCCCAGCAUCCCCGCAUCCCCGCAUCCCGGCAACCCCGCAUCCCCUCAUCCCCUCAUCCCAGCAUCCCCGCAUCCCCUCAUCCCAGCAUCCCCGCAUCCCCGCAUCCCCUCAUCCCAGCAUCCCCGCAUCCCCGCAUCCCCAUAUCCCAGCAUCCCCGCAUCCUCUCAUCCCAGCAUCCCCACAUCCCCGCAUCCCCACAUCACCGUAUCCCAGCAUCCCCGCAUCCCUGCAUCCCCACAUCCCCUCAUCCCAGCAUCCCCGCAUCCCGGCAUCCCCGCAUCCCCACAUCCCCUCAUCCCAGCAUCCCCUCAUCCUAGCAUCCCCGCAUCCCAGCAUCCCCUCAUCCCAGCAUCCCCACAUCCCCGCAUCCCCGCAUCCCAGCAUCCCCGCACCACGGGCACCCAGCCACACCGUCAAGGCCCUGUCUACACCAAGGAGGGAAGGAAACAGCAGGCGCUGCCGACCGUGGCCGGGCGGCAACAGGUGGACUCCGGCCCAGGUCCCCCGGCCUCUGUCCUGCUCCCCUCCUGCUCCUACGUGGUCCCGAGGAUGCCCCGCAACCCGUAA